AUGAAACGGAAGACGGCUUUUCUCUUUUUCAAGGAAAAAGAAAAUAAAAUGGUUUUUUUUAUCUGUCUUUGUUUCCCGCACUGUCAUCUUCUGUUGCUUACGGUUCAGGCUUCUGUUUUGCCAUUUAUUAUGAUUACUAUUGAACGGGUUGUCGCAACGAUGUUGUGUCCACCUUUCCAGUUCAUUAUAUCUUUUUUUCUUUUUUUCUUCCAAAGCAGCUCUUUCAAAGAGUCUCCUUCAACUUCUUCGUUUACAAUUGUUUCCCCUUUCUUCGAAGUGCAACUACUAUUCUUAACUUUCCUGUACUGCUGCUGCGAGAGGGAGUUCAGCACACGCGACAUUGCACUUUACGAUCACGUCAAUACCAUGAAGAAGAGGGGGUGGACAGGCAGAUGA